AUGCAAUCAUUACCUAACUUCAAAUCAUCGAAUCGUUCUCGUUAUGAAUGUAUGGCAGAUAAUGGAUGUAUUAUAUUGGCAGUUGCAUUUUCGUUAGCUGUUAUGUUAAUUUGUAUUGUAUUUACUAUUGCAUGCUGUAAAAAACGACAUUUAAAUCGUAUUCGUACAACACAAUCCCCUAUUAUACAACAUAAUUAUAAUUUGAAUUCAUCUGCUCCACCUCCAUAUAACUGGUAUUCAGAAUCACCACCACCACCAUAUAAUCAAGUCAAACUUUAA